CCCAUUUAAUGUCAGGGCCCGCUACCUAGCAGCAUUACUCUGCGAUCGCGGGUCCAUUCGGAUCCUUCGAGGCUUCGAUGGAGGCGAUGGACCAUCGCGAUUCGCGAUCCAUGGACAGGGACCAGGGUGCUGGCCAGGGUGCUGGCCAGAUAUUGGAAUACCUGGCCCCUACUCUCGAAAUUGUGUGAGUUCCUUGCGGCCUUGCAGACGUGCAGGCGUGGAGGACGGCGCACACGAUGGAUCCGGAGUUGACUUAAGAUGAGGACUCUGCUCCCUGGGGACGCUUUCCUUGCGCGGACUCUGACCAUCAGUCAUGCAGAAUUAAGAAUUCGUCGAGGUGACGAUCAUGGCCAACGCUCCGGGGGCUGUGGAUACCUCGUACAGCGGCGACUCGCUGAUGGGCGUGUCAAUCGCCAUUGCGGUGCUCCAGGUGCUGAUAGUUACUCUACGGUUCUACGCCCGCUCAGUACAGCGAGUCGCACUCGCAUUAGACGAUUAUCUGAUUCUUCUGGCACUGAUUGCCAGUCUGGGACAAUCUGCCCUAUACAUAGUCUUGCUCCAGGUCGCGGGCCUGGGAUACCAUCUUGAAUAUGUCUUGCAGACUCCCGAGAAACUCGUCGCUUUACAGAAGGGCCUAGUCGCGAACCAAGUCCUCGACUUUCCCUUCACAGUCACGCCCGCCAAGAUCUCCAUUCUGCUGUUCUAUGCGCGCAUCUUCACCACCACAAAUUUCCGCAUCCUCGCCGGCAUGGUGGGGGCGAUCGUCCUCGCCCAUGGAAUUAGCGUGUUCUUCGCCGCCAUCUUCCAAUGCUUGCCCGUGCAGUACGCCUGGGACAAAAACAUCCCGGGCGGAUCGUGUUUCGACCAGCAGGCCUUUUAUCGCUACGUCUCGCCGCCGAAUAUCCUGACUGACGUGCUCAUUCUCAUUAUGCCGCUGCCGUUCGUCUGGCGGCUGCACACGCGCCUGACGCAAAAACUCGCCUUGACGGGCGUGUUUAUUCUUGGAGGGCUAGGCACCGUGGCGAGCAUUCUGCGGAUGACCAUCUUUUUUCAGGAGAACGCCAUGACCGACCCAACCUGGGCCUCGGUCAACCUGGGUAUUUGGACGGUGCUGGAAGGCAGCAUCAUCAUCAUCGCGGCCUGUCUCCCCUCGACCUGGCCGCUGAUCGUGCGGAUUCUUCCGCGCGGCCUGAUGGGCAAGGCGUUCUCGCAGAACCAUAGCCGCCACCGGUACCCGACCAAGCAUGCCAAGCCCAAAGGGGCGGACGGAUUCUCCCGGCUGGGCAAGCACGCUACCGGUACGACGGAUAAAUGGCCUCUGGCCGCGAAUCCUUCGCUUGAGAACCAGAGCGUGUCACUGUCCACCCACACCCUCGAUCCAACACUAGUCAAUGCCGAGAGUAUCUCCCUUCGGAGUAUGAAUGAAAUCCGAGAGGAACCGAGAUUUUCAUGACCGGUGAUUUGCCGUUUGGCGGACUCCGGAGUAGGCAUUACAAAUAUAUACAAAUAUACUUAAAUAAAUGCCAAACAUCCGUCUGUGCGUCCUUAUCUCAACGGAUGUGCAGAUAGCCCCCACGAGCAUGGCCAAGCCUCUUCUCCACAAAUUAUCCACUGCUGAGUGUCGUCGGCGAGAUUCAGCCAUCCAGACCAGGACCAGGAUGCGACAGAGGAAAUUCAAUCAAGCGGUACUUC